UUUCUUUCUCUCUUUAAAACCCCCCCACCCAAAAUGACUCCUCGUUGAACCCACUUCCUCUUUUUUCUCUCCUUCUAAAAACAAACUCUUCAUCUUCUUCUUCUUCUUCUUCUUUAUAAGUCUUAAGUCUUCAUCUUCAUCAAGGAAAGCUUUGGAGAAAUGGGAGAAAUGAAGAAGAUUGUGCUCAAACUUGACUUGCAUGAUGACAAAGACAAGCAAAAAGCCAUGAAAGCCGUUUCCACUCUCCAUGGAAUUGAUUUAAUAGAAAUGGAUAUGAAAAAUCAAAAGUUGACAGUGGUUGGAGGGGUUGAUCCAGUCCAUCUUGUUGCAAAAUUAAGGCAAAAAAAAUGGCAUGCUGAAUUAGUCUCAGUUGGACCAGCAAAAGAGCCAGAAAAAAAGAAGGAUGAUACCAAAAAAGAAGAUAAAAAAGAAGAUGAUAAGAAAAAAGAUGAAGCCAAGAAGAACAAUGAAGGUGGUGGUGGUGGAGGAGGAGGAGGUGAUAAUAAGAAAAUUAAAGAUCCAAAUGAGCAUAUUCAAGAGCUUAUUAAAGCUUAUCAAGCUUAUAAUCCUCACAUGACCACCCAUUAUUAUGUUCAAAGUGCUGAAGAAAAUCCUAAUGCUUGUGUUAUUUGUUAAUUUGUUAAUAUAUAUAUAUAUAUAUGAAAAAUAAAAUAUUAUUAUUAGUGUGAAAAAAAUGUAUUAAAAAAAUGAAUAGUAGUUGAGACUUGAGAGUGUUGUACAUGUACACAAAUGGUUGUUGUUUUGCAAUGGUAGCCAUUUGUUUAUUAGGUGUUAUCACUAGAUUUUUUAUUUUUAGUAUUAUUAUUAUUAUUAUUAUUAUUAUUAUUUAAUGAGAUAUUUAUAGCACUUUGUGAUU